UCCAGCUGGCCUGAUUCAUGGGCUGCCUACCCUCCCACUGCCGGUCCAGGAGAUUGUCUUGAGCCUUCCCCAUGCUCCUCAGCAUGAAUGCCACUGAUGUGAGCCCGACAGGAAGUGUGACCUCAUUCUGCCUCUCAGCGGCUGGUGACGCAGGCUGUUUUUGAAAGAAAACAAAAGCAGUUACAACGCUGGCUUUCCCAAGAACUACAUGCUUUUCUAUUCCAGGAAACAGCCAAAAGAACAACACGAAACUUCUCUGCAUACACCUGCACAUGGAGAUGUGUGCAGGCAUCUCUUAGAAGGAGGGAAAGAUGGGAUUUUCCUUUCUUAAGAGACGUAUCUACCUGUUGACAUUCUGAAAUUAUUUUCAGCUGAAGAACUGCUGAAGUCUUGGACUUCUCCGCUGUCAACCACAGGAAGCUUCAUAUUUCAAAAAUCUGUGAAGUUUGAGCAAGCAUCCUCCCCAAGAUGUACCGAAUAUCUCAACUGAUGUCAACGCCAGUGGCAAGUCAAUGUUCUUCUGGCUCCAAGAGAGAAUGUACUGGACAGCUGUCUCCCUCGUGCAUUUUCCCAAGUUUGACCUGUGAUUUCCUGGAAAGCGACAGCUCCUUUGAAUGCUGCUCCAUAGAUCCCCUGACUGGCCCCCACUUUACCUGUCGCCGAAGCCCCAGACUUCUUACCAAUGGCUACUAUGUUUGGACAGAAGACAGUUUCCUCUGGGACAAAGAUGGCAGCAUGACCCUGAGCCCACCCCAGACCAGUGUUCUGUACAAGGAGAACUUAGUGAGGCAGGCUUCUGCAGACCGCUUUGUCAAGUGGCUGAGAGCUGUGUGUGGGACGAUGGGAGGGAGCCUGCAGGACUGGCAGGAAUUCCCUGGUACCAUGUGUUGGUCACCGAACACACACCCACACACACUCACUCACUCCCUAGUGAGCCCCUCUGCUUUUCCAGGAGGUGAUUUUGACUGUUUUCUGACUGAUAACGCGGAGACGACGAAGCCGAAUGCAGAGCGUGUGACAGCCUCCUCUUCCCAGCAUGUCACAUCUCAGGCGCCCAGAGACAACUCCCACAGCCUGUCUCUUCAGUCCCAGCUGACGUCUUCUGCGCGGGUCCAAGGCAGUAUUUUGGGCCAUUCAAGAACCAGUUUGUUGAGAGAGGUCUCUUUUCAGGCAAUUAUGCUUGCUGCCUGCUUAAUCAUUUCUGCAUGUGGGAGAUGGUUCCUGGGAGGAAUAUUAGCCCCCAUCUUCACAUGCUUAUUGAUGAUAACCAUUGCCUAUGCUGUCAAGUUACUGUUUCCCAGGCUGGCCAGCUACUUCAAAGCCACCACCUGUGCUCAGUUUGCCAAAAUUUGACAACCAUUUAGGAGUGCCUUGAUGAAUGCUUUCAAUCUGAAUAUCCAGAAGCUGUCCAAUUUGCAGUCUGCGUGGAAUCAACUGCCUUACUGAAAGAGAAUGAGCAACUGGAUAAUUGAGAAGAAACAUUUAAUUUGGUGCUCUGAUUAAAAAAAUAAUCAGCUCUGCCCUCCUAAUUGUAAUCUGCUGCUCUUCGUUAUAAUAAUGAAAGUAAUAUUAAUUUGUCUUUUUGCAAACACUAGCCAUUGAGAGGGAAAGGACUGGGAAAUGCGAUGAAGAGCAAACCACCUGGAUAAAUGUUCCCCUAUAAUUAUCCCAGGCCAUGAUUCUCGAACAUUAAUUUUCAUUAAAGGAUUCUAUGAGGAGCUUGUAACCAUGGCGAGUCUGCAUGCACCUCUCCCUGCAAGUUUAUAUAAUCAAUAUCCACUUCAAAGUAAAUAAAUUGCAGUUUGCACAUAAAAUAUAAUGUAGAAAAAGUUUAUUAUUCUCCCCAGAGAGGUGGUUCCACAGUAGAUGACGGUCAAUGAAAAAUGGACAGCAGACACCCUUUUUUUAGGAGGUACAUUUUUCUUUUGAAUCAUUUUUUUUUUUUUUACCAAGUUUCCAACUUUCUUGGGUCUCAUGAUUACCUUAAACUGAAAUUGCAGUUAAAAUAAAGAUAUAACACAGAAAAGUCCCGUUAAGGACAAAAUAAAGGCAAAACACCAGAGUGCUUUGAAAUGUGGAAAAAUGGUGCCAUUGCACAAUCAACUGAAGGGUCGUAGAAGACGCUCUCUUCCCAUCCCUCUUGUUUGGUAUAUAUUCCCAAAGAAAAUGUUGCCUGCAAUUCAGAUUUGUUCUAUCUGAAACUCUCUGGCCAGAAACUUGUGUGGAGAAAAUUGUUUUUGCUUAAAAUAGUAAUGUCAGAAUAUUGCUUUUUAUAUCACAUGUAUUUAGUGCAUUUUGGGUUGAGAAAAGUAUUAUAAAUAAAUGGAGUCAUUGGCAAAUUAUA